AUGUCUACUUCAGCACCAGCAGCUGCGAUUCCAGCAAAGAAAGAGGAACCUCUACCGUUUGCAUACCAGUUUGUCGCAGGUGCGAUCGCUGGUAUUUCAGAAUUGGCAGUCAUGUAUCCAUUGGAUGUCGUCAAGACUAGAAUGCAAUUGCAAUCGAAUACUGUAUCUGCCGAGGAGAAGUAUAAAGGGUUGGUAGACUGUGUCUCCCGUAUUGUGAAACGUGAGGGGUUCAAGCAAUUAUAUAAGGGUAUCUCCUCACCAUUCUUGAUGGAGGCUCCUAAGCGUGCCACCAAAUUUGCAUUUAACGAGAAAUUUAAGACGAUAUACACUGAUUUACUAGGGAAUGAACGUAAACAAACCGUCGCUAUCAUCAGUGGUGCCUCAGCCGGUGCUGUGGAGGCCUCGGUGAUCGUUCCUUUUGAGUUAGUCAAGGUUCAAAUGCAAGAUGUUACUUGUAAAUUUGACUCUCCUGUUGGAGUCCUGAAGGAUAUUAUUCGCAAGGACGGUUUAUUAGGGAUAUAUCAAGGUUUAGAAUCUACAGUAUGGAGACACGCAUUCUGGAAUGCUGGUUACUUCGGAAUUAUCUUCCAAGUGCGUAACUCAUUACCACCUGUGCAGAACAAUAAUGAAAAAAUUCGUAAUGAUUUGAUUGCAGGUACUAUUGGUGGUACUAUGGGUUGUGUAUUGAAUACACCUUUCGAUGUGGUGAAAUCUCGUGUUCAAAGUAAUGGUAACAUUACCGUGUUGGAAGAUGGAACAAUACUGAAGAAAUAUAAUUGGGCACUUCCAUCGGUGUUAAAGAUCUACCAGGAGGAAGGGUUUAGAGCAUUGUACAAAGGGUUUGUUCCAAAGAUAGCUAGAUUAGGACCUGGUGGUGGUAUCUUGUUGAUCGUGUUCAGUACGAUUACUGAUUUCUUUAAAGAAAUGAGAGCUGCUAAUUGA